AUGCCAGACCUCUUAUACCAUGCUGAACGUGGCACUUAUUUGCUUUUACAUGGUCAUCGACAAUCUGGAAAGUCCACUCAUCUUGAACACUUCUAUGAAAUAGCUUCCAAUGGUUGGAGUGCAACAUGUUCUACAUCAUCAGUCAUUCGUCAACAUUGCAAAAAUGGUUUUAUAGUGAUUCCACUUUCCUUUGAAUUUGGAUUAGAUCUUACUACAGUGGAUACUUUUUGGGAUAGUUUGUUUAGGGAGAUUGCACAAAAGAGUCCAAUUUCAAUUGACAUAGAUACUAUUCAGAAACUUUCAGCAGAAGAAAAGAAAGUAGCAUUCCAGCAUUUGUUUACAUCAGAGUAUUUCAAAAAAUUGGUGAUACUAAUAAUUGAUGAAUUUAACAGGCUUUAUCAAAACCCAAAAGCAAAGGAAUCAUUCUUCUCAGGAUUACGAGGAUUGAAAAAUUCAUGCUUAACCAAACAUGUUGAUGAGAACAGAAAUAGGUCAAUGCUGUACUCAUUCAUUGGUGCUGGAACAUUUGACAUAACACUCCUCGAUUCAACAUUAUCACUCAAAACUGAGCAAGAAUCAAGUGAAAUAGAUUAUUAUUCAUCACCAUUUAACAUCACUGACUCAUUGUGGAUAGGUCACUUUACUGAAAAAGAUGUCAUAAACCUUUUUAAAGAGGCUGCAGAAGAGAGACAGCUGUGCAUGGAAUAUGAAAAAAUUGGACAAGACAUAUAUGAUCAAACAAAUGGACAUCCAGGUUUGACCAGUUUUUGUGGUGACAGGUUGAUUGAUGAGGUAUGUUGGGGGAAAACACAGAUUCGAUUGGCAGACUGGAAGAAAUUUGCAGCUGAAAAUUUGCUUAACAGGGCAUUGGUAUCAAAUGCAUUCCUGAAAGUGAUUGAAAGCUUGAAGGAAAAUAGUCCUAAAGCAGAAAUUGCAAGAACAUUACUAUGGAGAAAAUACUUGUUUGGUGAUGAGCUACAUGAACCCUCACUAGAAGAGAAAAGUGGAUUACAUCAUCUUCUUACAAUUGGUGUUCUUAUCCAAACAAACAGAUAUGAACUUAAAUUUUCCUCAACUUUAAUUCGACAAUUGAUAUUCAUGCAUUGUGUGAUUCAUCGGUCAUAUGCAUCACAUAGAGUUGUGGAACUUAUCACAGAAAACAAAAAAAUAGACAUAUUCAAACUUAUAGUUCAUGCUGUUUCAAUGUUUCGAAACAAAGUUUUAACAGCAGCAGAAGUACAAACCAAGAAAGGUGUUGCUGAAUACACUUUCCAAUUUGAACUAUUUUCAACAUUACAACACAUUUUGCAAACAGUUUGUCAGCAAUGUACAAAUAAUGGCAUACCAAUUAUUGAUAAAGAAUUUCUUAUCUUCCCAAAGGCAAAAGAGAGGGACAAAAUGGGAAACAAACAUUUGGACAUUCUUAUUCGAAAUGGUUGCAAGAUUCUGAUGGAAUUGAAGGUUGAGGCAACUGAUUAUGAUUCACUUGUUCAAGGAGUCAACCAGGCUGAAGAUUACAUGUUUUGCAUUGAUCCAAGUGAAGCAUACUUGGUUAUUCUCUGUACUGAGCUUCCAAUGCAUUAUAAUUACCAGGCUGGUACUGAGAUUAAGAUUAUUUGGAUUGUGAGCAAGGAUUUUACCACAUAUGAAGUUAUAACUGUUGGACAAAGUGAAAAAGUUAACACUGAGCAUAACCGAUUCCUACAUGGGUGGCCUUAA